AUGACUAAAAGUAGUAAAAUAGUAUUGAACGAUAUAAGAAAAGAAUUACCGAAGAUUAAAAUCAUCGAACCAUUUCAGCCAGAAGUUAUAGAUUGUGAUUCCAAAGAUGAUUUUUCGGAAAUAAUAAGUGCAGACCAGGAGAAGUACGCGGGCAUGACGACUCAAAAAUUAAAUAAAAUCUUUCACAUCCCGGGUUAUAAAGUAACUAAAAUUAAAGGAGAAAUUUGUUUAAGAAAUAUUAAGGAUGGCGAAAAAGACAGAGACGAAGAGAAAAAAGUUAUGGAUGAGAUAAAGAAAAUCAAAGAUGCAUUUAACGCAUUAUCUGAGCAGUUCGAAUUAAUAAAAGACACAGUUCUCAAGACUGCACAGGUUUAA